AGACAGCACUUUGGCUCUUAGUAUGACAGAAGCGUGUCGGGCGUGAACAUGUCCUCCAAGUUGCCCGAAGAGGAUCUGUCGUGUCCUGUGUGCUGUGACAUCUUCAGAGAUCCAGUCCUGCUCCCGUGCAGCCACAGCUUCUGCCGGUCCUGCCUGCAGAGCUUCUGGGAAAGCUCCGUUUUCCGGAGCUGUCCCGUUUGCAGGAGAAGAUCCUCAAAAAAGCAACCUCCGAGCAACCUGGCUUUGAGGAACCUAUGCGAGGCCUUCGUGCAGACCCAGAACUGGAGAUGUGAGAAAGAGAAGAAGGCGGCGUGCCCACAGCACGGAGAGAAGCUGAAGCUCUUCUGCGUGGACGACCAGCAGCCCAUCUGCGUGGUGUGCCAAGCCUCGAGAAUGCACAAGGGUCACAACUGCGCUCCCACAGACGAGGCCGCGCUGGACUGUAAGGAGAAGCUCGAUUCUGCUCUGAAGCUGCUGAAAGACAAGCUGGAUGUCGUGACUAAACUCAGAAUGACUUCAGCUAUGACACUCGAGCAUAUCAGGAGUCAGGCCCAGCUAAUAGAGAACCGAGUGAAGCAUCAGUUCAUGAAGCUUCACCAGUUUCUGCGUGAGGAAGAGGAAGCUCGGCUCUCUGCGCUAAAGGAGGAAGAGAUGGAGAAGGUCCUUGCUAUAAAGAAAAGAGAUGAAGAGCUGAUGAACAGGAUCUCUUCUCUCUCAGACAUCAUCAGUCGCAUAGAGCAGGAGAUUGCUGCUGAUGAUCUGACGCUGCUGCAGAACUUCAAAUCUGCCAUGGAGGGAACUCAGAGUUCACCUCCAAAUCCAAAGGGGUUUCAUGGGGCAUUAAUAGAUGAAGCCAAGCACUUGAGUAACCUGAAGUUCAGGGUCUGGGAGAAGAUGCAGGAAGUUGCUCCUUACUCUCCUGUGACUCUGGACCCGAACACGGUGCACCCGUGUCUCAGGCUGUCAGAAGACCUCAGCAGCGUCCAUUACAGCAGCCCGGGUCUUCCUCUCCCCACCAAUCCUGAGCGCUUCUGCGUCAGCGCAGAGGUUCUCGGCUCGACAGCCAUCUGCUCUGGCACGCACGCCUGGGAGGUGGAACUGGGACAGAGCGAUGACUGGAUCCUGGGCGUAGCCAGCGUGUCCGUUAAGAGGGACUUGGAGGUCCCGGCACGCCCGGAGAACGGGUUCUGGACGCUGUGCAUGCGGGACGGAGAGUACAGGGCCAUGGCGUCUCCUGUAAGGACGCUGAAGGUGGACAAGAAGCUGCAGAAAGUUCGAGUGGAGGUGGACUGGGAUGCCGGAGAGGUUCGUUUCUCUUGUCCCGAAGAUGGGCAAAUGCUGCACAAGUUCACACAGACGUUCACGGACAAAGUGGUGCCGUAUUUCUACACGCAGAGUAAAAAGCCUCUGAGGAUUGUACCACAGCUGGUGAUGAUUUCAAUGAAACGAAACUGAGAUGUAUGGAAUAAAUGUGUUAAAAAGGAGUAGCUUAUGCUUGGGGUACUGAUAAGAAGUUCAAAUCUCACCACUAAAAAGCUGCCAGUGUUGAGUCCUUGAGCAAAACCUUUACUCCUCGACUGCUCAAGUGUUUUCUCACUUUGGAGGAAAGAGUCAGACAAAAGAGUAAAAAUGUAUGUGUAAAACUUUAACUGUCAUGGCCAGAGAGUGGAGUUUUCUGUCUUUCAGUUCCUGUUUACUUCCUGUUUGGUUGCUCAUCCCCAAAAUCCUAAGACCCUGGUGCACUGAAUCUUUAAAGUCACCCAAAACACACUUUUACCCUAAACAAGGAAUUUAGAUUUUAUGAAUAUCUAUGUAAAUGUGAUUGCACUAGCUUCUUUAUGAUACUGUGGUAUUGUCUGGUGCACAUUUGCAUAUUGGAAUCUGAUUGGUCCUUGUAGUUUAUGAUGUAAUAACACCUGCCUGACACAUGUUCAGAAGUAACACAUAUUUGAUUUUUCACUCAGAUAUUUAGCUUCCUUGUGUUUCUUGAAAUAAUAACUCCCUCAUCUUCAGGAGUCACUUUAUCCUGGUCAGGAUACGGAGUCUAUUCCAGGUCUAUUCCAGGAAAACUGGACAUGAGAAGGGAAUGUAUACGGGAUGAGACGACGGUCCGUUGCAGGGCAUCACUCACACACAUUUACACCACGGGCCAAUCUAGAGUCACCUACUAGUGUGUUUUUGGGAGGUGGGAGGAAACCAGAGAGCCUGGAAGUAAUCCACAUGGACACAGGGAGAACAUGCGAAAACCUCAGAGCCCAGGAUGGAGCUGUGAAGCAACUACUGUACCACCCUAAUAAUAAUAAUGAUAAUAAUAAUAAUAUAUAAUUGUGUGAUCAUUGAAGAAUAUAUAAUAAUAUAUGUUAUAAUAUAUAAUAAUAAUAAUUGUGUGAUCAUUGAAGAACAUGAAUUUAUUUAUAUACAUAUUUUUUAAAUAGACUGACUGAUAAUAAUCAAAUAAAGAUGUGUAUAGUGUGUAUUUUUAAUGCAUUUUU